CUUAUGAAACCACUACCGGUAACACUUCUUGGCAACGAAUGCACCAUCGGAUACCUUUAUUCACCGAGUUAAGAAACCCAACAGUAGCAUUAUGAUGAGAGAUACUCUUGCUGCCCCUGGGUCACCAGGGAAAGGUCCACUGACCCGUACCCCCGAUUUACUCACACCCAACCGGAGGCAUCGCUCCUCCGGUCAAAAAUCUGCAACCUCACAACGAAGCGUUUUAACCGGGUCGUCGGCAGCAUUUUCCCCGUAUCCCCAGGUUUCCAAAGGCUCAAUGGCUGGCAAACAACAAAGUGAUCAGCAGUCUCAAGCAGGCAGCAUGGGCGCUAGAUUAGAAGACGAGAUGAACAACGAUCACCUCAUGAAAUUGCAGGAAAUAUUCGAGGAGGCAGAUGAAGAUGGGGGUGGAGGCUUGGAUAUCGACGAGUUUCGUCAAGCAAUGAGGAAGAUUAUGGGUGAAGGAAUGGUUGAUGAUAAAGAGCUGGCCAUUGUAUUCAUGAAGGUGGAUGCAAACUGUGAUGGUACAGUAGACUGGGACGAAUACUUGUCCUACAUGUUGAUGGAAUACCAGGAACGGGAUCACAUGAGUAAUCUGUUUAAAGAGAUACCUUUCCCGAAGCCACUGAGAGAAAUCCACAGUAAUCAUCGUGAUAUGCUAGCUAAGGUCGGUUUCUAUCAGAACCUAAACCUUCGCCAUGGCAACCUGCAGGAUGAGGGAGAACAUGGCGGCCGGUACAUAUCAGUCAGUAAAGAGGGCGUCAUUAAUUUCUGGAGCAUGGAUAUGCACUUACAGCGGUCAGUCACGAUAGAGCAACCUCGUGAAAAAACGAAGCCCAUGUGGUUAACAGAUAUGGUGUGUAUGCCGAAUGUGAACAUGAUAGCUGUGUCAUCCACAGAGCGUGAUAUCAGCUUUUACGAUGUGAAUGCAACCAAAUUUGACCGAUGUUUUCAGGUCUCUGGACUUGAUAACUGCGCUCUAACGAUGGACUACUGGUUUGAUCCUCGUAACAUGAACAAGGCAGUGUUAGUGUUCGGUGACGCAGGGGGAAAUGUUUGCUGUAUCGUCUUCACAGAAGCAAUGGGGUCUGCUCUCUUUGGAUCACAGAACGCAAAGUCAGUUGGCUCACGAAGAGUUCCAUUUCCGGAACUGCUCAAAGGGAGCGUCAAGGGAGUUGUUGCUAUGAAAUUCUCGCCUCUUCAUGAGGACUGGGUACGGAAAGUAAAAUACUGUAGCAAUUUGAAUUCAUUCAUCUCCUGCGCUACAACCAACGAAUCAUCCAUUUACAUUGGUGACUUGGGCAGAAAGAAAUCGGGGUCAUUUUUCAAGAUCAGAAAAGGCAUACUUUGUUUCGACUACUGCAAAGAAACAAAUGUUAUUGUUACAGGUGGAAUGGACAGGUCUGUACGAACAUGGAAUCCGUAUGUGACAACGAAAGCAACUUCUGUCAUGAAAGGUCAUACGUCUGCUGUGAUACACAUUGUUGUAAACAGUACGCAUGGACAAAUCAUCAGCGUUGGAAAGGACAAGGGCGUCAAAGUGUGGGACAUGAGGGAUCAGACUUGUAUGCAAAAUAUCAAUCCGCGAAGUAUCAAUAUGGGGCCUCACUCCAUUAGUACCGUUUGCUUCCAUGCAAAGACCGGAUCACUCAUUUUGGGUACCAAUCAGCUCGCUCUCUUGGAACACAAAUGGGAAACAGACACAGAAGACGACGACGUUACAUCACACAACCGUCCAAUUACAGCAGCGAUCUACAAUCACCUGUUUAAUCAGGUGGUCAGUGCAUGCCAUGACUCAGUUGUUAGUGUCUGGGAUUUAGCGACCGGGACCAAGACGAUCAUGUUCUCAAAAGCUCAUAAAUACAUGGAGAAGGGUGUCGAAAAGUGUGCUGAGAUAACAGCGAUGACCUUUGAUCCCUCGUACCGGAGAUUAGUAACGGGAGGCCGUGAUGGAUCAGUAAAGAUUUGGAAUUUUAAUAAUGGCGCUUGCUUGAGAGAGUUAGAGACGUUUGACAACAUGGAGGUUACUGGGAUAAUUUGCCCUAAACAGCGUAUCAUUACUGCCGGAUGGAACAGACGAGUUACUUCCUACAUUGAUUCUGAUGAUGACGAAGACUCACGACAGUGGAUGGUCAAACAUAACGAGGAUAUCCUGUCCCUUGCAGCUUACGACACUAGUAUCAUCGCUACUUCCUCUUACGACGGCGACAUUAUCAUAUGGUCCUUAGAAACGACGCAACCACUCUGCAGACUUAACGCCAAUUGUGGUGUCAGUCCACGUACUGGAAGUAGGACUAUCAGUUACGAUUCCAAGACCACAGGUGAUUCAGCCAAAUCUACAGACGCAGUUCGACUAAUACGCAGUGCUGCGUCUAACUCGAGCACAACGUCCGAGGAAGACAACAAAGACGACACGGGAGGAAAACAGAAACCAAACCUUUCCAAGACUCUUUUGAAACGCCAGAGUACAAAGGCGCUCUUUGAAUCUGGAAAAACAUCCAAUCUAACCAAAGAUUUGGAGGGCCAACCAAGCCAAAGACGGACCAGUCUUCCUGCUAUUGGAACACAGAAGACCAGUUUUGUAAACAUGAGCCAGAAACGAUCUGACGGAGUCAAGGAAGACUCACAGACCUUCUUUACAGAGAGUAUGAGUAAUUUCAAGCAAAGGGCACAAACCGGGCGGACCACUAACUCAAGUAGGAAGUCUUUUUAUGUAGACGUUGAAGACUCAAAGGAAUACACCAAGAAACACGAAUCAGCCGUUGACAAAUUGGUGUUCCUCCAAUCUCGACCCAACGAUAAGGACACGGCCACUUUAAUGGCUAGCGGAGCAGAUGGUUGGGUUCGCUCCUGGUCUGUUCAUCACAAGGGUGGCCUACUUGGUCAAUUCAACGCGGCACACAAAGGUGGUGGGGAAUCAGUUCUAGCUAUGACCACAGAUUCAAAAAAUGAGUUUUUGAUAACUGGCGACACAUCCGGCUACAUCAUGGUUUGGGAAAUUACAGACUACUGCAUUGGUAGCAACGACGGGUCCCAAUCUCGUGUACCGUCAGCUGCCUUACAACAUAUGCGUAGUGACAGCAAAUUCCCAUUUCGUGGCGGAAACCCGACUAUACUCAAACUUCAAGAGCGGGUAGAGAAGAAACAGAGGGCUGAAAUGAAACCACCCCCAUCGGCUACCAAUCCUAGAGAGACAAUCAAGUGGCCUAAGAAGUUGAACUCCUUCCGAGCACAUGUGGCAAGCGUCACGUACAUCGAGUAUUGUGAAGACAAAAGCCUAAUUGUAUCUAGUAGUGACGAUUGUUCUGUGAGGUUGUGGACGCUCUGUGGACGGUACAUAGGAACGUUUGGCCAAAGUGGCGGCUGGCAGAAACUACCUGAGGACAUUAUUCCUAAAGACUUACCUCGUCGAUUACCCCGUGAUGUACAUAGAGUAGCCUCAGCUGUGACAUUGAAGGUGUUGAAUGGAGGCAUUAUGCCAAGAUGGAAGCUGGCCAAAAAUAUCAUGAUGAUAGUCGCUCGCAACCAGCUUGCCAAAGCUGGCCAGGGACUCGACGAUUCGUCGCUUGGAGUGGAUGAUGGGCAACGACUUGGUGAAAAGGCAGAUGAUAGCGGCCAGUCAAGCUAUGGAACCAGCUCUAUUCUGGGCAAGUCAUACAAACCAAAGACAAGACACAAAAUGCCACCCUCGUUGCCCGACAUCAAACAGAACCAGAAUCAGGUUGUGGUGUAUUCUUCCCUUCCAUUCACUGACCUGGAGCCCGUGGAAGAAAUCAAAAUGCCCACCACACUACAAGAGAUUCAUCUGCGCCAGCAACAAUCUAUAGAAGCAAUGCGGGGGGUUGAGAAUGGACCAGCAGGGGCAACAAUCGGGAAGAAACACGGUGGAAAACGAUCUCGCUUACAGGAAUUCCUUCAGAAACAGAAGGCGGUACGGAUUCUUACAAAAGGAAAGGUUGGCUUUGCAGCUGCGGCUGCCGCUGCAAGUAAAACAGGAAAAUAAGGACAAAAUUCGGGUCAGAUGUUUUGUUAGAAGGAUAUAGAAACAAACAAACAAACAAACAACCCAACACCCCAACAAACAAACAAACAAACACCCCAACAAACCAACA